AUGUCGCGUGUUAGUAUGGCAAAACUUGCCGACAUUCAGAAACAUCGCGUCAAUGAAAUCGUUGCGAUCGGCAAUCGUAUAAAAGAACGCGCACCAGAAACGCUCAACGCUGCGAUAAUCCAAACACGGAUCAACACUGUCUCUGACCUAUGGCACGAGAUACGUAAGACUCACCAUGAAAUUACUAUGCGCAACGACUCGACCGCGAAUUCAUACAUGACGGAAAAUACGUACGACGCCAUGCAACAACUAUACGAGGAAACUCAUGACUGGCUGCUUACUACUUUAACUAAGUUUCAAGGCCUGCGAGAGCUAAACACUCGGCGACGCGCGCGUGAUGCCGACGAUAAUGACGAUGAUGACGAGACUUCGGUAAAACUUCCGCGCUUAGAAUUGCCUACUUUCUCAGGCAAAUAUGAAGACUGGGGCAGCUUCGCGGAUCAAUUCAGUUCGAUUGUGCAUGACGCCCCACGCAUCUCAAACACCACGAAACUACGAUAUCUCAAGUCUUGCCUGCGCGGCCCCGCCGGUGAUUUGGUGAAGGACGUCCCAAUACUGGGCGUUAACUACGAGCCCACAUGGGCAGCCCUGAAAGAACGCUUUCACAAUCCACGCCUGACAAUAAAUAACCUGAUUGAUUCCUUCCUUAAUUUACCGCAUUUGAAAAGAGAGUCAGCCGUUGACUUACGCGCAUUCGCCGACGAUGCCCAACGAAUCGUACGAGCUCUCACGACUUUAAGAGCACCGGUAGCUCAUUGGGACCUAUGGCUGGUACAUAUCGUGGAAAUUCGUCUCGACCCAGAGUCGAGAAAACAAUGGGAAGCUGAAAUGUCCGUGAAAGAUCGUCAACCCGCCGCGAGUACGCCAGAUCAUGAGGACGAUCAUCUACAUCGGAUGCCGAAAUUUGUCGAAUUAUCGGCCUUUCUCGAGCGCCGCGCGCAUUCGUUGUCAGCAAUUCAGUCAACCAAUAACGAGAAGGCGACUUCCCAGCCACAACGGAAUAACAACAGUUCGCGACGAGUUCAUCACGUGCACGCUGAGCAGCCUGAGCAGCCAGUCAAAACGGUCCAAUGUCCUUUCUGUACUGAGUCACACUACCUCUCGCGCUGCCCUACGUACUUGGCAAAGAAGGUCUACGACCGACAAUCAAUAUGUCGCCGCUUGGGCCGUUGCUUCAACUGUUUAGGACCCCACAAGUUCAACUCUUGCAAAUCAAACGGCCGCUGCAAGACUUGCAACGAGAAACAUCACUCGUCUCUCCACUUCGAUAAGCGAACAAAAGGAAAGCCAAAUGAUAACGCAACAAAUCCCACCAGCGACGCUCCCGCUCAAUCGGUUAGGUCGAACGUCGCUCAAGUAACGGUCGACCCCACGCUCUCAAUCAACUCGUGCAACGCGAAUUCGUCAACGAGCCCUUCCCUCAUCCUCCUUGCGACGGCGCAAGUGAUCGUGAUCGGCCCCACCGGUAAGCAAACCCGCGCUCGGGUUCUCCUAUAUCAGGGCUCGGAGGCGACUUUCGUGUCUGACGCAUUGGUCCAAUUACUCGGACUGCCGCGUGAUCGUGUGCGUACAGGUUUGACCGGAGUCGGUGGCUGCAAAGCGGGUGUCGUCAACUCACGAACGAUUUUCGCGCUGCGCUCACGCGUGGACGCGCAUUUUGAACUUGAGGUGAGCGCCUUUGUGUUGCCACGCCUGACCGAAAAUCUACCUGCUCGCAGCCUCAUUGAAUUUGACCUCGGCCCCUUCGAAGGCUUGUCUCUGGCCGAUCCAGACUUCCACCUAUCGGACCGCGUUGACAUAAUGAUUGGCGCAGAUCUGUACGGCCAAUUGCUUUGUUCGGGUCUUAAAACGUUCCCAUCAACUUUAUUAGUCGCUCAGAAUACAGCCCUCGGAUGGGUUAUCUCGGGCCCUGCCCAUAGCAUUGCCCCACGGCGGGCGGUAGCCGCUCACAACGCCUCGGUGACUGCGUUGCGUUGCGCCAUUCACAACGAUUUUGACGAGGCCAUCGAACGAUUUUGGAAGAUCGAGGAGGUUUCCUCCCCCGCGCGCACAUUAAAUCCCGAUGACGAAGCUGCCGAAAAACUUUUCGACGAAACGCACUCUCGGGAUAAAAAUGGACGCUUUGUAGUACGUCUACCUCUGAAAGCGGGAAUACCUAGCGUAGCACUCGAAACAAGACGAAUCGCGCUUGGCUCACUCAAACAUCAAGCUUUACGGUUCUCGCGCGACUCAAAUUUGGCACUCUCGUACUCAGAGUUCAUGGAAACAUACAUACAUCUUGGUUACAUGGUACCGAUACCACAGUCGGAAAUCAACAACCCCCACGCAUGGUACUUACCACACCACGCCGUCGUUCAAGGAGAUCCCGGUCGAUCGAAAAUCCGUGUUGUAUUUGACGCCUCGCGUCGAACUCGCGAGCAGUUUCGUUUAAACGACUUCCUCAGAGCAGGCCCCGCACUCCAAGGCGAUCUCGCAUUAAUCCUCUUAAAUUGGCGACGCUACCGUUACGUGUUCACCGCUGACAUUGUCAAAAUGUUUAGGCAGAUCCGCAUCGCGCCAGAAGACCAAGAUCUCCACCGCAUUCUUUGA